AUGACCGCGAAAGCAGCAGAAUUACAGCGUGAGGUGAGAGAAAAUGCCGAAGAUUAUCAGAGUUAUUUGAAAGAUUUAUAUCAAUGGGAAACAGAAAUCAAAGUUAAAGAUGAAAUGCUCAAAAAAGCACCAAAAUCUCUGAUGGCUGGAGAUCAGCAGGAAUUUCCUAUCCGUAAUAAGAAGACAGUUUCUGCAUUAAAUGAAACUCUUUCUUCAAGCCCCUUAAGUGUUCCAAAUUCCAAUAUGAUGACAGACCAACAGAACAAACAAAGGGCUGCACUUGAGAAAAAUAAGGGAAAUGAAUGUUUUAAAGAGGGAAAAUAUGAUAAAGCAAUAGAGUACUAUUCAAGAGCCAUGGAACUUACUCCUUUAGAUGCUAUCCUUCCUGCAAAUCGUGCAAUUGCUUUGAUUAAAGUCAAUAGGUUUGCUGAAGCAGAAGAAGAUUGUAACACAUCCUUGAAGCUCGAUCCGACUUUUGUUAAAGCCUAUCAUCGUCGUGGUACCGCACGGGCUAAUACAGGAAAGAUGGAACUAGCACUAAGUGACUUCCAAAAGGUGUUAGAUAUAGAACCACAUAACAAAGCAGCUCUGCAAGAAUUUGAGCGCCUCUCGAAGCUAACCAAAAAAGAAUCACCUAAAUCAAUCGUGGCAGAACAUAGCAAAGGCGGUACCAGCAAGAAAAGAGUAAGCUUUGACCAAUCCGUGGCUACUAAAACUAAAUCGGCUAGAGCUAUAGAAAGUGAAACAAAGGAAAAAACUAUAGAGCUAGUCGAUCUGUCACUUCGCCAUCCGUCCCUUGCCGUUCUCAAUGAGUUUGUUCCGGUAUUGAAUGGAGACAAAAAUGGGCCUGCAUUAAAAAUUCCAGUAGUGCCCGUAAACGACGCAAAACAAGAAUGCUUGGGAAUCGAGAAAAUUAUCAAUCAAUUCCCUCGUACUAAUAACACUGGAGUGAAAAACGAAACUACACUGCACGCCUACCUUGACACGGUUCCACCAGUUCCAAAAAAUUGCAUCCAAUUCUAUCAAGAUUGGACGAAGCUCGAAAAAAAUCCCAAUUUACAGUACAAGUAUCUUAAGCAAAUAAUCCCUGCAAAGCUUCCCGACAUUUUCCGAGAGUCCCUUGAAACUGACAUUCUUGGCGGGAUCAUCAAAAUCUGGAAAACAGAAUUUGCAGAAAGAAAGGAACCUAUUCUUCCAUGGUUGACCGGCUUAUCUCGAGUCAAGCGAAUUAGUGCGGUCACUUUAUUUCUAUCAUCAGAUCAAAGAUCAGAUUUAGAUUUUCUUCUUGCCUACAUCAAGACCAAUGGUGAAGGUGCAGAAGAAGAACGGAAUUCGGUAUUGCAAAAGUUCUCGUAAGUAUUUUGCUUACUUUCUAGUUGAAGGUGGAAAUACAUGAAUAAACAUUUGCAUCAA